AUGGAUGAGCCACCAUCGUCCCCACCGACAGAUCUGUCGACUCCCGAAAGCGCGCUCGCAUAUUACAAGUCGCAAUAUGAACAGCUAGAACAUGAAUUAGCAGAAUUUCAGGCCUCCAGUCAGGAGCUGGAGGCGGAGUUGGAGAAGGAUGUCGAAGCCGCCGAAAGGAGAGAGAGGGUUUUGCAAGAGAAGGCAGAGAGCUUGGGAUUCGAGGUCGAGGAAUGGAAGACCAAAUACAAGCAAUCUAAGACAGAGGCAAGCGCCGCGCAAAACACACUGCAAAAGGAGAUCACAAUACUUCGAGACACGAACCGGACUUUGACACACAAAUUACGAGAUAUCGAAGUUCAGAAUGAUGAUUUCGAACGCCAAGCUCGAAAUACAACCUCAUCGCUCGAAGAUAUGGAAUCUAAGUACAAUGUGGCUAUUGAAAGGGCGGUCAUGAUGGAAGAGGAGAUCAAGAUCGGGGAACAGGAACGAGAGAAUCUGCGAAUCGAGACUCAGCGCCUGCGAGACGAGCUUUCAGAUCUUAAGAUCGAGGCAGAGAUUCUACAAGACAAGUUACGGAAACGCCAACUUCCUUCCAUAGCUACAGACAUCACUGCCCCCAACUCCCCGUCCUUGGGAGAUUCUCCGACAUCUACAGCUUCAUCUCCUAUGAUUACGACUCCACCAGAUACAAAGUCCAUCUCAACCACCGACACUGUCUCCGAAACUCCUACUCCACCAUCACCCCCUAUUUCAGAAGCCUCUGGUUCUGCCAGACCAGUUAUGAAGACGCCCAUGAACCCUCCCGCAAGCAAGAUGAAGCUACCUACAGGCGACUCGAGUACCACACCAAAACCCUCAUCAAGAUACACAUCUAGCAGUUUGCGAAGUUCAAAAGGCCCAACAGCACCCACUUCUUCCUCCCGAGCCCGAAAUGCCACCCCCGCUGUCAUCCGCCAAACCAGAACAAAAGCCCCUGCCACUCGAGGGCUGCCCAACUCAACAUCCCUCACACAUAUCCGAACUCUCACAGCCCAGAUGCAACGACUGGAACAGAGAGUCCAAUCUGCCAGGUCGAAACUACCAGCCCCUAUUCAUACUCCUCCUCGAGCGUCUCCUCGAAAUGUAUCUACAGCGAAUCAUGCUGCUAUGCCCCCGAGUGUCACAAUAAGGAGCAGGAAAAGGACCGGAGGAAGCUCAAUUAGUAGCUCUUCUGUACCUCCAGCAGACGAUACUCCCUCGGCCACUAAGCAUGUCCCCAGAUUAUCUACAUCAGGAAUCAGCCGUUUGUCAUUCGGCCCGCUACCCAGCCGUGAGGGUAGUGACAGUAGACCGAGCAGUAGAGCAAGUACGAACUACGUCCGACAGGAUCGACCACUGAGCCGCACCGAAAUUGCUCGCCCUGCAAGCCGAACAUCAAUGUCUGGCGCACGAACCCCUUUGGGACAUUACUCGCAGUCCCAGAUUGCCGAGUCUCGGCGCCCGAGAUCUAGCAUUGGGGGUAGCUAUGGGGCCUCACAUGGACACGGACACUCGCAAAGUGUGUCAAACAUCGAUCUCGACGAAGCGAGGGAACUGGACUUUGCGACUCCCAGUCGGAGGAAUACCUACGGCAAGGGAGAGCUCGAAGGAAGCACCGCUGCGAGUGGUCUCCCCCGACGAAAGAGUGGGGGAUUGGUCAUGACGGGUAUACCCAGACGAUCGACCAGUGGUCAAGGGAUGCGGGAAGGAGAUGAAGGAGGGAUGAAGCCUCCGGGACGACCAAGGAAACUAAGUGAGGUGGGGGAGACUUAUUGA